CCAGAAUUGAUGUCAGCGAACGCAGAGAGAAGUGCUCUAGAUAGCUUUGGUUCAGCCACAGGACCGCAGACGCCAUGGCUGCCAGCUUGGUGCGCGUGGAGGCUGCCAGCUCGAGCAUCUUCGGACGGGCGGGCCGCGAAGCGCUGCCAGAGCGCCACACCGGUAAUGGUGCCUGCUGUCCCCCUUGUGGCGCCGCACCCGGCCUAUGGAACACCCCACAUUGGCGCCCUGCACGCCACCACCGGCUGCCCGCCGCAAGGGGAGCUUCCCUUGGUGACUCGCCCCAGCUGGGCAGGGGGGGCCACCAGGCGGGGUCGGCAGGGGCUCCGGUUGUCAGCCCAGCCGCGCUGGUCCAGAUGAGGCGGCACUCUGGCUGGCGGUGGCUGCAAAUAGGGAGCCAGGAGCAUGGAACCACAUUCAGAGGGGAGCGCACCGGUUCUUCAAUACAGGCUGCGUCCUCUGCCCGAACAGCGGCCACGCAGGGACCAUCGCAAGCGCCAGUGCGGAAAGUCCUGUCGUGGUGCCUGGCAGAAGCACGCAGUGCAGCUGAGACUGUUGGGCAGGCCGUGUCGCAGGCACCGGUCCUGAGACACUUGCCCGCAGCACUGCGCGCCUGGGUGGCUGCUGUCCUAGCCUGUAUAGCCUGUGUUGUUGGAGCGCUUGCUGUCUCGCGGCUGUCCCUGGGGCCGGCGUAUCCGGUGGCGCUGGCGAUGGCGGUGGUGGGCGACUUUGGGGAGGUGGGCCCGCAGCGGCGCGGGCGGGGGCUGCGGCCAGCGCUGAAGAAGCAGAGUGCGAUCGAGAUGGAGGGCGAGGUGCAGAAGGCGCUGCCGAACGCCAUGUUCCAGGUGGCGCUGGACAACGGGUGCCAGGUGCUGGCGCACAUCUCGGGCAAGAUCCGGCGCAACAGAAUUGAGAUCUUCCAGGGGGACCGCGUCAAGGUCGAGAUCUCGCCCUACGACCUCACCAGGGGCCGCAUCACGCAUAGAAACCGAAGGGCGGGGCAAGGGGGCCCUGCCCCUCCGGGAGGGGGGCCAGGCGGGCCGCCUGGGGGAGCCCCUGCCCCUGCCUGAAAAGAACCCGGUUGUAAAGAGAGCGGAUCCCGUAUGGGCUGUAUGUUGAUAAACGUAGUGACAUUCUGAUUCAAGUGAUGCUGACAUGGUCAACGUCUACCGUACACCAUAAUCAUUGGCAAAGCUGCGACACCGCUCUCCUUCAUGCAAGCAAGAGCUGAAGCGGCCGGUCGCAGGAUGCGUGUAACAAGCU